GGUAAGGUGGGCAAUAAAGACGAAUAUUCUCGUUGUGUGGAAGUGCUGCUUCCUCGCCGACAACUGAUUUAACUUUGGUCCGUAAAGGAAAAACAGCGGAGAAGAAGAAAGAGAAAGCCUUCUCCUUCAGUCUUUGAUCAUGAAGAGCUCAAAAGAAGCUGUCCAGGCUGCUGCCAAAGAGUUCCUGCAGUUCGUCAACAGAGGAUUGUCUCCAUAUCACGUGGUUGAAGAAUGUCGUCUGCGUCUGUUGGAGGCCGGAUUCGUGGAGCUGAAGGAGACGGAGCCGUGGGACAUCAAGCCGGCCAGCAAGUACUUUGUGACCAGGAACUUCUCUUGCUUCAUCGCAUUUGCCGUGGGUGGACGCUACGUGCCAGGAAACGGCUUCUCCAUGAUCGGAGCCCACACAGACAGCCCCUGCCUCAGGGUGAAGCCCAGGUCGAAGAGAACCAAGCAGGGCUGUCUGCAGGUGGGGGUGGAGUGUUACGGCGGCGGCAUCUGGAACACCUGGUUCGACCGGGACCUGACGGUCGCUGGCCGCGUCAUGGUCAAGAGUGGCGGUAAGCUGGUCCAGCGGCUGGUCAACGUGUCCAGACCGGUGCUCAGGAUCCCCCACCUGGCCAUCCACCUGCAGCGCGACAUCAACGACUCCUUCGGACCCAACAAGGAGAACCACCUCGUGCCCAUCAUCGCCACCAUCGUGCAGGAGGAGCUGGAGACGGGCUCGUCGCCGAGCGGAGACGCCUCGUGUCCUACCAACACGGCAGAGAAGCACCACCCGGCGCUGGUGAAGCUGCUCUGCUCCGAGCUGGGCAUCCAGCCCGACGCGCUGCUGGACUUCGAGCUGUGUCUGGCUGACACGCAGCCCGCGGCUUUAGGCGGCGUCUACGAGGAGUUCAUCUUCUCUCCUCGUCUGGACAACCUCCACAGCUGCUACUGCGCCCUGCAGGGACUGAUGGAGUCGUGCUCUGGAGACUCUCUGACCGACGACCCCAACGUCCGCAUGAUCACUCUGUACGACAACGAGGAGGUGGGAUCAGAGAGCGCUCAAGGUGCUCAGUCCAACCUGACGGAGCUCAUCCUCGGCCGCCUCGCCUCCUCCUCCUCCAACCUCACCGCCUUCCAGCAGGCAGCGCCGCGCUCCUUCAUGAUCAGCGCCGACAUGGCGCACGCCGUGCACCCCAACUACCAGGAGAAGCACGAGGAGAACCACCGGCCAUCGUUCCACAAGGGCCCGGUCAUCAAGUUCAACAGCAACCAGCGCUACGCCACCACGGCCGUCACCGCCGCCGUCAUCCGAGAGGUGGCCAGCCGCGUCGCCGUCCCGCUGCAGGACGUGAUGGUCCGCAACGACAGCCCCUGUGGAACCACCAUCGGACCCAUCCUGGCCUCCCGUCUGGGCGUGCCGGUGGUGGACCUGGGCGCCCCGCAGCUCUCCAUGCACUCCAUCCGGGAGAUGUGCUGCACGUCCAGCGUGCUGCAGAGCACCGCCCUCUUCAAGGGUUUCUUUGAGCUGUUUCCCACCAUCAGGAGCUCGCUGGUCGUCGACUAGACGCCGAGGAACACCAGGCGAUGACGUCGAAGCAACAAAUUCUCUGCUGUGUUUUAGUAAAAGUGACGGAUAAACUUUACCUGUUUUGUGUACAGUAAUGCACAACUUACGCUGAAAAUCUCACACAUGAACUUGUUUCCUAUCAACAGAUCUUUUAGAAAAUAAAAGGAACUGAAAGUCA